AAUAACUCACAAAAAUCCCCAAUUAUUCCACCACUGCAGUUACCCAUCCAUUACAGUAAAAUGAAGCAUUUUAAACGAACACCGCCACCGCCACCGCCACCACCACCGUCAGCCACCCAAAGCGGCCCUAAACCGUCAAAACACGUAAUACAUAUAGGCGGCAUACCGGUAGAGUUUCCUUACCAAUUAGCUUACAUGAAUCGAGUUAUUGUAACACUUGAUCGAGCACAUAGGGAAGGCAAAUCUAACGCGUUGCUCGAAUCGCCUACCGGUACUGGAAAAUCGCUGUCUCUACUUUGUUCAGCUCUUGCUUGGCAGCAGAAUUUCAAGUCGAAGAAUUUGUAUAGCAAUUUUGUUCAAUCUAAGGCUGAUCCGAAAGCCCUAGCUGAUCCUAUUGGUCAUGGUGGUGGAUUUAUUCCUGAAACGCAGCCUUCAGGGAACCCGGAUACAGCACCACCUGCUGCAACUAAUGGGAAGAGCAAGAAAAAAGUGGCACCUACCAUCUUUUAUGCCUCGAGGACACAUUCACAACUUUCUCAAGUGAUUCGGGAAUACAGAAAGACAAGUUAUCGGAAUUUCAAGUCGAAGAAUUUGUAUAGCAAUUUUGUUCAAUCUAAGGCUGAUCCGAAAGCCCUAGCUGAUCCUAUUGAUCAUGGUGGUGGAUUUAUCCUGAAACGCAGCCUUCAGUUAGUUUAUUUCGUUUCACUCUUAAAUGACUUGUAA